GAUUCUGUGUGCUCCCUUCCCAAACUGAUUCACUUAGCUCUUCUCCUUCACUCCUGACAUUGCUAGCGAAGUCAUGGGAUCGUUUAGAAACCAAUAUUUCAUUCUGGUGCUUUUGGUCUUCCUUUUGGGGGCUUGGGCUCAUCAAGCCGCCGGUCGCACCCUCCAGCGAGACGAUCCCAUGUACGAGAUGCAUGGGCAAUGGAUGGCCCGUUACGGGCGUGUGUACAAGGAUGUGGAAGAGAAGCAAAGCCGUUUCGAGAUAUUUAAGGUGAAUGUACGAGGUAUCGAGUUGUUCAAUCAGGCAAACGACAAGCCUUACAAGCUCGGCGUCAAUCAGUUCGUUGACCUCACGAUUGAAGAAUUCAAGGCAAGGAACCGAUUCGAGUCACACAUGUGCUCCACCGAGGUCGCUUCUUUCAAGUACGAAAACAUCACCGCGGUGCCUUCUAGCAUGGACUGGAGAGAAAAAGGAGCCGUGACACCAGUCAAGAACCAAGGCCAAUGUGGAUGUUGCUGGGCUUUUUCAGCCGUGGCAGCUGUGGAAGGAAUCAAUGAAAUAACCACGGGUAAGUUGAUUUCUCUCUCCGAGCAAGAGUUGAUCGACUGCGACGUCGGUGGCCAGGACCAGGGAUGCGAAGGUGGCUGGAUGAAUGGCGCAUUCCAAUUUGUCGAGAAGCAUGGCCUCACAACAGAGACGUACUAUCCUUACAAGGGCACGGACGGCAAAUGCAAUGUUGAAGGUGCCGUGAUCAUAAAGGGCUAUGAAGACGUCCCCGCCAACAGUGAGGAGGCAUUGCUAAAGGCAGUUGCUAACCAGCCAGUUUCCGUGGCUGUCGAUGCCGGAGGAUUUGAGUUCCAAUUCUACUCGAGCGGCGUGUUUACUGGCGCUUGUGGGACUGAGUUGGACCAUGGUGUUACCGCCGUUGGAUAUGGGACAAGCGAUGAUGGCACCAAAUUUUGGCUGGUGAAGAACACGUGGGGCGAGGAAUGGGGCGAGGAAGGAUACAUAAGGAUGCAGAGAGAUGUCAGUGCUAAGGAAGGCCUCUGCGGCAUCGCGAUGAAGGCCUCUUAUCCUACCGCGUAGAUUAUAAUGAGCCACCUAUCCGUGUGUACUGUAAAUAUGGUGAAGCUUUUCAGUUCAAGGCCUUGUUUUUCACUUCUGCUUGACAUGCUGCAGAUAUAUACAUCUGUAUGUAUUAGUUGUGUGUUUUUAAGAAGAGAUGUUUGAACU